CCGAAUUGGAAUUUUUUUUUCUUUUAUCUCUUGCGCUGCAGCCGACGUUUUUUUUCUCGAUAAACGAAACGAAAAAGUGACACAUUCGUCUCUAGUAUUUUUGUCAAUUUUAAUUAAGUUCUAAAUAAAACAUACAAAAUAAUGGCAGGAAGAUUACCAGCAUGCGUAAUUGAUGUGGGAACCGGUUACACAAAACUGGGAUUUGCAAAUAACAAAGAACCACAAUUCAUAAUUCCUUCGGCAAUUGCCAUCAAAGAAUCGGCUCGCAUCGGCGACCAAAAUACCAGGCGAGUGACUAAGGGAAUUGAAGAUUUGGAUUUUUUUAUUGGUGACGAGGCUUUCGAUGCGACUGGUUAUUCAGUCAAGUAUCCAGUUAGACAUGGUUUAGUUGAGGAUUGGGAUUUGAUGGAACGCUUCUUGGAGCAAUGUAUAUUUAAAUACUUGCGCGCCGAACCGGAAGAUCAUCAUUUUCUUCUGACAGAACCACCAUUAAAUACUCCCGAGAAUAGAGAGUAUACAGCUGAGAUUAUGUUUGAGACUUUUAAUGUUCCGGGUCUUUAUAUUGCUGUGCAGGCUGUAUUGGCUUUGGCAGCAAGUUGGGCAUCCAGGCCAGUUGAGGAGCGUACAUUGACCGGAAUUGUUGUAGACAGUGGUGACGGUGUUACUCAUGUCAUUCCAGUUGCUGAAGGUUACGUCAUCGGUUCAUGUAUCAAACAUAUUCCAAUUGCCGGUCGCAAUAUUACUUCGUUCAUUCAAAGUCUUUUGCGUGAACGUGAAGUCGGUAUACCACCGGAACAAAGUCUAGAAACUGCCAAAGCAAUCAAAGAAAAACACUGCUACAUUUGCCCUGAUAUCGCCAAAGAAUUUGCCAAGUACGACUCGGAACCGGGCAAAUGGAUUCGCAAUUAUACUGGAAUGAAUGCUGUAUCCAAGCAACCAUUUAGUGUUGAUGUUGGUUAUGAGAGAUUCUUAGGUCCUGAGAUCUUUUUCCAUCCGGAGUUUUCAAACCCAGACUUUACAAUUCCACUGUCGGAAAUUGUCGACAAUGUCAUCCAAAACUGUCCGAUCGAUGUGAGGCGGCCGCUCUAUAACAAUAUCGUAUUGAGUGGUGGAUCAACAAUGUUCAAGGACUUUGGCAGAAGACUGCAACGAGACAUUAAGCGAUCUGUUGACACACGCCUAAGAAUUAGUGAGAAUUUGAGUGAAGGAAGAAUUAAGCCAAAACCAAUUGAUGUGUCCGUCAUUACGCAUCAUAUGCAGCGAUAUGCGGUUUGGUUUGGUGGCAGCAUGCUCGCUGGAACGCCUGAGUUUUAUCAAGUCUGCCACACGAAGGCUGCCUACGAGGAAUACGGUCCUGGUAUUUGCCGUCACAAUCCAGUAUUCGGAACAAUGACAUAAUUUUGGUGCAUUUAUAUUCUUUUCCUACAUUUCCCCGCAACACAAACACAGCCCGCAUUUGCAUUAAAUUUCGUUUUUUUUUUAUCAAAAAAAAAUUGAUCCGUCAUUCCGUUGAAGUAUUGUUUAUUUUAAUUUUUUUUUUUUUUUGUAAUUUGUUAAAAUUAAAGACUUCCUUGUUGUCAUCUUUGUUAAUUUUAAAGCUUUUUCCAAGAAAAACAAAAAAAAAAUAUUCAUAAAUUGUUUUUAUAAAUUUUGUAGACAGGACACAACACAUAAAACAAAAAAAAAAAAUAGAUAGAAAUAGAGAGUUGUAAAUCGGACGUUAUCGUGUAUUGUUAUAAAAAAAAAAUAAAUAAGAAGAAAAUAACUAGAAUUGAAAGAAAUAAUUAAAAAAUUGAUUACCAUAAUAUUUACCUAUACUUCGCGCAAAAAAAAAAAAUUAAUAAGCAAAAAGAACAAUCCCAUAAUGAAAUUAUUUGUAAUAUUGCAAUAAAGUGAUUCGAUUCGAAGAGAAAAGACAAAAAGAGAGGUCAAUCAAAAAAUAUUAAA